GAAGCGUGAAGUUCACGCAGUUGGGACGCGAGUAGGGAACCGACUGAACUGGAACUCCAUGAAAGAGUAGGAAAGACCAAGCUGAGUCACCAUAAAACUCUGGUAGUGGCUGCCUCUCAAAUUUACAUGUGUGAAGCAAAAGGCGUCCUCGUAACGUACUAGUAGUUGUCUUUUGCUUCGAAUUUUCGAAGCUGUUCCAAGGACAAGAUACCAUACACGAGGCCUACCAUAACAGUUGCUGGGUGGGUUAGGAAGCAGCGUGUGAGUGAGGUAGGGGUCCAGAGGAUUUUGGGAUUAAUGGCUAGUCUAAGUGAAGACCCAGUAGUUCUUGGAAUUAACGAUAUAAAAGAGAAGAAAGAAGAAGAAACUGAGAUAGACAACAACAACAACAAGGAGCAUAUAGACAAAGUGGUGGUCAUUGGCAGAGAGGAAGGUCAAAGUGGUGGUGGUGGUCAGUGUGGUGAGAGAGAUAUGGCCCAUCCCACCGGAAAUCCUAUUCACCGUUCUGGUUCUAGGCCACAGCUUGACCUCAGCAAAGCUGCUAUUCAGGGGAAUUUUGAGGAGAGAAAUCCUACUAUCCUGUUGCCUAAUCAGUCUGAUGACAUUUCACAUCUAGCUCUGGACAUUGGGGGAUCUCUUAUCAAAUUGGUUUAUUUUUCAAGACACGAGGAUCAUUCAGUUAAUGAUAAGAGGAAGAAGAUUGUCAAGGAGAGGUUAGGGGUUUCCAAUGGUAACAGGAGAAGCUAUCCUAUUCUUGGAGGGAGACUUCAUUUUGUGAAGUUUGAGACAAACAAGCUCAAUGAGUGUUUAGAUUUUAUUUCGUCCAAGCAGCUUCAUCGUGCUGGACUGGAUUCACGUUGGCAUCCUGAGUCUCCAGCUAACGAAAAUGCUAUAAUUAAGGCCACAGGUGGUGGGGCAUACAAGUUUGCAGACCUCUUCAAAGAAAGGCUUGGUGUGAGUCUUGACAAAGAGGAUGAAAUGGAUUGCCUUGUUGCAGGAGCAAAUUUUUUGCUAAAGGCAAUUCGUCAUGAAGCUUUCACGCACAUGGAGGGACAGAAAGAGUUCUUUCAGAUUGACCAAAAUGAUUUGUUUCCAUAUCUUCUUGUUAAUAUUGGAUCUGGUGUUAGUAUGAUUAAGGUUGAUGGAGAUGGGAAAUUUCAGCGAGUUAGUGGGACAAAUGUUGGUGGUGGUACUUACUGGGGCUUGGGAAGGCUGCUAACGAAGUGCAAAAGUUUUGACGAGUUGUUAGAGCUGAGUCAACGGGGAGAUAAUAGGACCAUAGACAUGCUUGUUGGGGACAUUUAUGGGGGAAUGGAUUACUCAAAGAUUGGUCUCUCUGCAUCAACCAUUGCUUCUAGUUUUGGAAAAGCUAUAUCAGAAAAUAAGGAGCUUGAAGACUACAGACCUGAAGAUAUUUCCCUCUCUCUCUUACGAAUGAUUUCAUAUAAUAUUGGUCAGAUAUCUUAUUUAAAUGCAUUAAGAUUUGGUAUCAAACGAAUAUUUUUUGGAGGAUUUUUCAUAAGGGGUCAUGCUUAUACCAUGGACACAAUCUCCUUUGCAGUUCAUUUCUGGUCAAAGGGAGAGGCACAAGCAAUGUUCUUGCGUCAUGAAGGGUUUCUUGGAGCUUUGGGUGCAUUUAUGAGUUAUGAAAAGCAUGGCCUUGAUGAUUUGAUGGUUCAUCAUUUAGUUGAAAGAUUCCCGAUGGGUGCACCAUAUACAGGAGGAAAGAUUCAUGGUCCUCCACUUGGCAAUUUGAAUGAGAAGAUUUCAUGGAUGGAGAAGUUUGUGCGGAAGGGAAAUGAAAUUAUUGCUCCAGUGCCAAUGGCUCCACCUGGAACAACUGGACUUGGAGGCUUUGAAGUUCCUUCAUCCAAAGGAGGCACUCUACGUUCUGAUGCAAGUGCUUUAAAUGUUGGAGUCCUCCACCUAGUACCAACUCUGGAAGUAUUUCCAUUGUUGAGAGACCCAAAAACGUAUGAGCCUAACACCAUUGAUCUUGCGGAUCACAGUGAGUUGGACUAUUGGUUCACUGUGCUGUCUGACCAUCUUCCUGACCUCGUUGAUAAGGCAGUGGCAAGUGAAGGUGGAACUGAUGAUGCUAAAAGAAGGGGUGAUGCUUUUGCUCGUGCAUUUUCUGCACACUUGGCACGGUUAAUGGAAGAACCUGCUGCAUAUGGAAAGUUAGGAUUGGCCAAUCUAUUGGAACUGAGAGAAGAAUGCUUGAGGGAGUUCCAGUUUGUUGAUGCAUAUAGAAGUAUAAAACAGAGAGAGAAUGAGGCAUCACUUGCUGUUUUACCCGACCUCUUGAUGGAUCUUGAUAGUAUGAGUGAGGAGACAAGACUACUUAUGCUCAUUGAAGGUGUUCUUGCUGCAAACAUUUUUGACUGGGGAUCCCGAGCCUGUGUGGAUCUAUAUCAUAAGGGAACAAUAAUUGAAAUUUAUAGAAUGAGUCGAAAUAAAAUGCAAAGACCUUGGAGAGUGGAUGACUUUGAUGUGUUUAAAGAGAGAAUGUUGGGGUCCGGGGACAAGAAACCUUCUCAACAUAAAAGAGCAUUACUUUUUGUCGAUAACACUGGUGCUGAUAUUGUUCUGGGGAUGCUUCCCUUAGCACGGGAACUCCUACGGCGUGGAACCGAGGUUGUUUUGGUUGCAAACUCCCUUCCUGCUCUAAAUGAUGUAACUGCUAUGGAGCUUCCCGACAUUGUAGCUGAAGCAGCUAAGCACUGCGACAUUCUUCGCAGAGCUGCUGAAGCUGGAGGCUUACUCGUGGAUGCAAUGGUCAGUAACAUAGACGGUUCCAGAGAAAAUUCAUCUUCUGUUCCAUUGAUGGUCGUUGAAAAUGGGUGUGGGAGUCCUUGCAUUGAUUUAAGGCAAGUCAGCUCUGAGUUAGCUGCUGCUGCAAAGGAGGCAGAUUUGAUUAUCUUGGAAGGAAUGGGUAGAGCUUUACAUACCAACUUCAAUGCUAAGUUUAAAUGUGACGCUUUGAAGCUUGCAAUGGUGAAGAAUCAAAGGUUGGCAGAAAAACUGAUAAAAGGAAACAUAUACGACUGCGUGUGCAGAUAUGAACCAGCAAAUUAAAAAGGUUACCAUUGUCAAGGAAAUGGUCCUAGUUACUAUAAGCUUUGUAGAGAUACAAGAAAAAGCUUUCAAAAUGGAAAUUGCGCAAAAUAAAACAUUUUGAGCUUUUAAAACUUGAGCUACUCUUCCUUAUUUUCUUUAAAAUAUUAUUUUCUGUAAUGAUAUGUUGAAGGUUGCCUGGUGGGCCCUUCUUAAACCAGCACAUGGCUAGUACCUUUGUUUUUUUUGGUUUUUAAGGUUUAAAUUUCAUAUAGAAGGCCUGUCUCUUAUUAAAUAAGGAAGGGCUUGUAUU